CGCAACCUUUGACUUCCAUCAUAGCUCUUUCGGGUAUUUGCUCACUGGCGGGCGUUUUGUUCUUCUACACUCUUGCAUCCGGGUCUUCACCCCUGCUUUUGUUUUAUUUCGAGGCGUCUUCAAAGGAAACGCCCGUGCUCCCGGAACUUACCCCAGUUCCCUCCCCACCCCUGAUCCUCGGCCUCGUGCCACCAUGGAAGAACAAGUGCUUCAAUUGCUUCAGGCCACCACUCGCCCGGACACGGCCGUCAUCAAGGCAGCAGAGCAAGAGUUGUUACGUCUGUACCAGCAACCAGAUCUCCCUUUUGCAUUGCUCACCAUUGCCACACACCAGGACAUCGACUCCAGCUCGAGAAAGGCUGCUCUUACGGCGCUCAAGAACUAUGUCUCCCAAACCUGGUCUCCUCAAUUCGACGAAACCUUCACCGGCAAUGUCUAUCUCGACGAGCAAGCCAAGUCCAAGGUCCGGGAUCAUGUCUUUGCCAUCUGCGUAAUUAACAACGACCAAGCCUCCAAGGAUGCUACACUGCAAGCUCUAGCUGCUGGCGUUGUCAGCAAAAUCGCCAGCGCCGACUUUCCCGAAUCCUGGCCUUCAUUGCUACCAUCUCUUCUCAGCAUUCUCAAUGCUUCCACCACGGACGCCUCUGUUCACGGUGCUUUACGAGUUCUGUUCGAGUUGAUCGAUUCUGGUCUCACAGAGGACCAGUUCUUCGCCGUCGCACGUGAUCUCGUGGCUGCUUUACAACAUGUCGCCCUAGAUAACAACCGGAGCCUAAUCGUCCGAGCUAUGGACUUGAAUGUCUUCAGAUCCUGUUUCGAAAUGCUGGAGAUGGUUAUGGGCGAUCACGGUCCUGCAGUCAAAGCCUUUCUUGAUGAGUCUCUCAAAGCCUGGAUUCCCUUCUUUACCGAGAUUUUGCAGCAACCCCUCAUUUGGUCCGAGAGCUCUGGCCUGGAUCAGAACGACACCAAUCUACGAGGCUUAGUGGCCUUGAAGGUUCAAGUGGUCAAAACCCUCGACAAACUUCGGACUCUCUACAUCCAUGCCAUCUCACCGCACGCCAUAGGCUUGUUCCAAGUCGUUUGGGAAGAACUCUCCAGGGUCGCUCCAUCUUAUGGCGAAUUGUUCGUCGACGGAAACGCCGAGGGCAAACUGGUUGAUAGCGACAACCUUCCUUGCAGUCUUGAUGCAUUGGUUUUGGAAGAGCUAGACUUUUUACAAGUUCUCAUCAAAGCACCCCCUGUGCGUCUGGAGCUUUCAACCCAAAUGAAGCAAUUGGGCGAAGCCCAGCACACCGUCUCCUGGCUUCAAGAACUCAUUCGCGUCCUCGUCCUCUAUGGCCAGAUACCCAAAGAGGAAGAGGGCCUUUGGGAGUAUGACUCGAAUCUGUAUCUUUGUGAAGCGACUUCUCUGACCGCUGCUUACACACCUCGCUCAGCAUGUGCUGAAGUCGUUGUCCGCAGCCUGGGCGAAUGGUUGAAACAAAUUCCCAUCAAGGCGAUGCUACAUUUCAACCAGCAGGUUCUAUUGCCAUCUAACGCGAGCUGGAAAGAACGUGAAGCACUCUUGUAUCUACUGACUCAAGCACUCAAAGAUUUAGACGAUGUCCCGGCAAAACUGGGCUCAGAGACUGCCUCCGCUUUACUAGAACAAGUCUCCGCUCCACUACUCGACCAACACGUUUUCAUGCGCGCAGCUUCACACAUGACUCUCAGCUCCUUCUUCAAAGUCGCUGAUUCCACCUACCAAGACGCUGGUGCUGCAGCCUUGGCCAAUACAAUCAAUGCCGCCGAAAAUGAUGCCUGUGACAUUGUGCAGGUGGCUUGUAUCAGCAUCGUUCCGGACUACCUGGAAGCCCUCCCCCGAAAUGCUACUCAACCGCUUCAGGAGAACAUUAUAUCCGUGAUUGAUUCUUUCAUCUCUUCACACGACCUUCGCGACGAGCUUGAGGACGCCGACGACAUCAAGGCAGCGUUGAUACAAACUCUGCGUGAUGCCAUGAUGCUUGACACCAGUACCAUAACCACUUCAAGAGCAAUCGACCUUUUCUUCAACCUUGCGUCGGACGGAGCGAGCAAUUUCCAGCUCUUCACUUUACUCACCGAAGCAUUCGAAGGCAUCGUCAGCAGCGUCUCAUCUCAAGGCCAGGAGCCAUAUAUCGCCCUCUGCGCCAAAACUAUCCCUUCCUUGACUGGCGCAUUUGACGUUGCCAAUAUGACCCAGGAGUCAGCGCUCACCAAUCUGGCUGCAGAGCUGGUGUCGGCGCUGGCUGAGUUCGGCUCCGAUCCCUUGCCACCCGGAUUCGUAUCGGCAGUUAUGCCCAAGUUAGAACGAGUACUGAUGGAAGCCACCGAAGCCGAAUUGGUACGACCAGCUACUCUGGCCGUCGAACACAUGCUCUCAAAAGGAACACAACAGUACCUCAGCUGGACCAAUUCGCAGGGCAAGUCUUCGAUCGAAGUGACGCUGAUGAUUGUGGAUCGACUGUUGAAUUCUCCCGAUGUGGAUGAGAACGCAGGACAAGAAGUCGGCACGUUGGCGUCGUCAUUGGUGGCGAAAUUUGGAGUGGACAAACUUGGACCGGAUCUCCUCCGACAGCUACUCGGUGCGGUGGCCACAAGACUAGCCACAGCCAGCCGCAUCCAAUUCAUUCAGUCACUGUGUCUCGUGUUUGUGAACCUGACAAUUGCAGCGCCCGCCGAAGUGGUGGACUUCCUGUCGGAAUUUUCCAUCAAUGGGUCAUCGGGGCUGGCAGUGGUAUUGACUAAAUGGCUCGAGAACUCUGUGCAUUUUGCAGGCUUUGACGAAGUGCGACAGAACGUGGUGGCACUAUCGAAACUAUUCUCGUUACACGACGGACGGAUCCAAGGCAUUACAGUGAAAGGUGACUUGAUCAUCGAAUCCAACCCCAGUGGACGGAUCAAGACACGAUCGCAGGCUCGCCUCAACCCUGACCGCUGGACCAAUGUGUCAGCCGAGCUCAAGAUCCUGAAACUCAUGGUCGACGAGCUAUCAUCAGCGGCGACGUCACGCUACCCUAACCUGGCAGCCGCCCAAGCCGCCGCCGAUGCUCUAGAAGAAGCUGACUCGGACGCCGACGACGCCGACGAAUGGGAGGAUGUCGGUACCGCCGGCGCCAUCGAUCUGGCCAGCGAAUCUGUCCGUAACGAUCUCAUGGCCAUGGUCGGCGAAGGUCCUCUAGCUGAUCGUCGCGGUGGCGAUGUUGCCAGUGUUACCAGUAGAGCUCGUGACGAGGAAACCACCGACUACCUUCUUCAGUGGUUCCAGACCGAGGCUGGAAAGGAAGGGUUUGCACAGCUCUUUGAACAACUCAAUCCUGAGGAACAGGCGAGAUUGAGGGAACUGGUUGGUUGAUUUGUGGCGAUAUUUCAGAGGAGGAGGGGGAGUCAGGAGGGAAAGAGCAGAAUUCAGACCGUGCAAAAUCUGUUGGUGAGCCCAAUUGUGUAUCUGUGGGAGUCAUACAACUAUGAUUUUUGGGUCAUUGUUGGUCAUCGUCUUGUAUGAUUGGGUUUCGUCUCUGCGCAAGUAUUGCUACAUGGCCUGUCACUCUGUGGAGGUUGGUGGAGGCUUUGCUCGUUCGCAUUUAUUCCAUCCCAACUCAACUACACACUCACACUCACACCCACACCUCAUCUCUAUUUCCUACUUACUUCCUAAGGAGGCACUAUGAUACCAUUCACGCACGUCAUGACCAGACUGAUUGAUUACAUACACUUGGCAAUUCAUGCAAUGCAUACACUUCAGAACC